AUGAAAAAAGAGGUGCACAAAUCAAUUAUUGUCAUAACUCUCUUUUGAGAAAAUUAUAAUUUUUAAAUUAAAAAUAGUAUUUAUAUUAUAAAUGGUAAAAAAUUUUUUAUACUAUGACCCAUAACUCUAUAUAGAUUUAUUUAUCUAGCAAAAUGUGGGUUAGGAGAAUAUAGAUCUGGAAAAGCAUCAAUUAUAACUCGAUAUUGCUCUAACGAGAUUUAUGGCAGAAAAUCUGACUGAUUUGAGUCUGGCUUCGUAUUAAUUAUAUAGAAAAGCAAAAAUAUUACUCAACGUCAUCAAACAAUCAAACUGAUGGUUUGAAAAACACCUGUUAAGCCCGCAUUUAGAGAUUUCUCCUCCGACUAUUAUUCAGGGCCAUAUGGGUGACUCGUUGUAUUCGAUUUGACGAACCGAGAGUCGUUUGAUUAUAUAUCUUUUUGAGUUGGUGAAAUUCGAAAGCAUGGAAAUCAAGCCAAUCCGAUUUUUAUAGUCGGAAAUAAAUCAGAUUUAAAAAAGAAGAGGCAAGUUUCAUAUGAAGAAGCUAAAAUGUUAGCAGAUAGCUUUAAUGUGCCUUAUGCAGAUGUUUCAGUACUAUAUAAUCACAAUCUUGAUACUGUAUUUAGCAUUCUUUUGAAAGAGAUGACAUUUAACAAAAAAUAA